CCCGCCGCAGUCCAUCACAAAACGAUAACAGAAGGAUCGCGCCGAGGCAACUGCGGUACGCCUUUGGCACCACCACAACACCGUUGCCACCCGAUCCGAAUCGAGCACAAUCGAUAGUUCGAUAUCCUACCAUGUCCACCCCGAACUCCCGCCCCGUCCACCCCUGCGUCCUCUCCGUCUUCGAGGGAACGACGGGGGUCGAAUAUUCCACAUGGGCCAGGGUGACGGACCAGAGCCUCGAAGACGGCAGCGCCGGCAGGGGAAUGCCCGAUCUGGUGACGGCCCAUGCGUCAUCGCUGUCCAUUUACAGGAUAGACGAAUCGACGGGCAAGAUGCUCCUCGUGCACACGUAUUCAAACAUGGCCGGAAACGUUUGCUUCCUGGAGACGCUGCGUGUCAACGAUUGGGAAGACGGGGACGGGGACCCGGAGGACGACCGGGCGGGGCUUUCCGGAGACGGCGGCGGCGAGGGACCGAAGGGGACAUCGCCGACGAACCAACGUCAACGCAGAACAACCCCGAGCAGCCACAAGAGACGGAGACGACGCCCGGAUGCUCUGCUGGUAGGGUUCUGUGGUCACCCCCGGUUGGCCAUCGUCCACGUCCAGCCGGAUUUGUUGCUGGCCACUACGCUCCUCGAUCUGACCCCCGCCAUUACGGACUGCGCGUACGGGGCGAUAACUCCGCUGGAGCACGACAUGACGGCCAGCUUGUUCCAGAGAGACGAAACGUCGUCCCACCACCACCAGGCGACGGUCUCGGUGGUUCUGGGAGGCGGGAUCUCGGUCGUCUGCCUGGAACUCCGGUACCAUUCGUCGACGGGGGGCUGGAGGGCCGUAGAAGAGCCCUACGUCCUCCCGCUCUCCACGCUGGCGCGGGCCAUCGACCGAAAGACGACCCAGUCCGGUGCCGGCGGCCAGCAACGGACCAAUUCGCGAAACAACAACAGGGGCGAUGCAAGCAAUGCCCUGCUCACCCAGUCGAUCGUCACCGGCUUUGGAGACAUCCUGGGAACGGCCUUUUUGCCCGGGUACAUGGAGCCCACCAUGGUCGUGCUGCACUCCAAUCCGAACGUGGGGCGGGUAUGCCCGGGCCGCCUGGGGAGAGACACGGAGGGCGGCAAGGGUGGAACCCGCUACUCGCUGGUCCUGACGGCCGUCACCGUUACGGUGACCCACCAGCGGUCGGCCUUGCUCUGGUCCACCGAGGUCCCCGCCGAUGCCCUGUCCGUCUACACGUGCCCGCUCGAUGCCCCUUCCGGCGAGAACGAGAGCCGGGGAGGCGCCGGCGGCACGGCGGCGUGCCUGGUCCACUGCGUCAAUUCCGUCGUCUGGGUUUCCAACACGGGGCAGAUCCAGCAGUGCCUGGCGGUCAACGGUUGGGUGUCCUCGACGCUCUCGACCGCCUACAACAGCAUCGUCACGGCCAAUCAGUGGCCCUUUCCGAAGCUCUCCGUCCAGCUCGACGGGGCGCGAUUCACCCCACUCGACGCGACCACGUGGUUCGUGGUCUUGCGCCGGGGGCAGGUCUACCUGCUACAGCGGGACAAGGACCUCGAUUCCGGCCGCUGGUCCUUCAUGCCCCUCUACCAGACCGUGGGGGCCGUUGGAGAAUGCUCCGGCCUGAGCUGCUGCCCCAUGGGCGUGUACUCCGCUCUGUCGGCGACGAAGGACAAGGGCCUGUUUUAUUCGCCGCCAAAGGCCGGCGAAGCGGAGCAGCAGCUGCACGACAUUGGCCUCUUGUUCGUGGCAAGCCGGCUUGGAGACUCGUCUCUGCUCGGGUACGCACUGGGAAAGACGUCCGUGGCCGAGGCCCUCAAAACCGAGCCGGGUCUGGGGGAUCCGGGCGAAACCGUCAAAACGGAGCAAACGAUCCGACCGAGAAACGGAACCAACGAAUCCGAUGCCAACUCUCCCAAGACGGAAGCAACCGCGGAGGACGGUGGCACCCCGGUGGGAGACGACGACUACGAGCGCAUCCUGCAACUGGAAGAAGAGGCACUCUACGGCAAUGCCACUACGUCGGACGGGAACGUCGGGAAGCCCGAUUUGGUUCCACCCAGCGACGACGAUGACGACGACGAGAAUGGUUCCGCAAGAAGCAAUUCCCGGCAAUCGGGGAGAAAACGCGCUCGCUUCAGCAACCUGCUCGUGGUUCGGACGCUCCACGUGCUCGAUUCGCUGACGGCACUGGGGCCCCUGGGCCCGGCGUGCUCGGGACCGCUUUCCUCCAGCCCGGAGGUGGCGAUCGACCCAACCAUGUCGACGAGCAACACGACGUCCUCCGUAGCAACCACGGGACACGUGUUCCCCUGCGGAUACGGAUCGAGUGGAGGAAUAGCUCUCUUGUCCAUCCCGGGGCGAGACGAUCGAAACCUCUUGGCGGAGGCCGAUUGUGUCAACGCAAAGGCUCUCUUUAGCCUGCCGCGGCGCGGCCUGGUGCUCAUGGCCAUGCUUCCAGAAGACGGAGGGACGAAGGUCUUCCGGAUCGGGGCAGCCGAUUCUGCAACGAAGGGAGGUCUGGAAGAGAUCGACCUCGCCGACUGGUGCCCGAGCGAGGACACCCGUGACUUUUUUACCACUUGCCACCUGCUCGCGGCUUCCGAUCUGACGGAAGACUCUUUCCUGGUUCUGGCGGCCUCGCCGAACGACGAGAACUCAAAGUCGUACUUCGUGAUCACCCUCCGGGAGCAGCAGCAGCAAGGCCAAUCCACCACCACAAUCCGUAUGGCGGCCGCGUAUCAGCUGGACAUUCCCCAGUCCGAAAUCAUCACAAGAGCAAAGACCGUGGAAGACCGAGAAUCGGGACAGGUAUUCCUUUCGUACACUCUCACUACGGGUGAAGCGAAAGUGGCCGUGAUUUCUAGCGAUGGCUCUGUGGACACGAAACACUCCUUCCCCUCGAUUGAAACUGCCCAGAUGGACACUUCGACCGACCUUGAAGAAGACGCCGAGCUCUCGGAAGAGGAAAAGUUCUAUGCGGGGAGAACCAUCGUGUCGGUAGACAUGUUCAAAGCGCCCAGGUCCUUUUUUGUUUCGGAAGCCGCAGGAGACCCGGAGAAAAACGAGGACACAAUUGUAUCCGAUCAAGAAAUGGAGGAUGGCAACCAUUUGGCGGAAGCCGAGGGUGAUGACUAUUUGGACGAAGACGAUAGGGAUUUGUACUACCAAGGCACUCCAACCGAUGGCGGCAGCGAGAAAAAGAAAGAAAGCGACGACAAUGGAUGCGACGAGGCGAUGACAUCGGAUGAGAGCGAUGUCUGGUAUUUUGCGACCAGUCGACAAUCCGGAGAACUCGAUGUUUUCCUCUUUUCGGACUUGGAAACACCCGUAUGGUCCUGCAUCGGAUUUGGGCACGGUGCACCGUCGCUCGAUACACACGACCCGUCCUCCUUCAGGAAUCCAAUAGGGCACAAGGUCUGCACCCGAGAAAUCAAGUUUUUCUUUUGUGGUCCAUCGUCCGAUGAGUGGAAAAACAGACAGGGCCUGGUGGGGCCGAGACCCUUCUGCGUGAUGCUCGAAACGAACGACGGUGACGUUCAAAUAUACGAGGCAAAGAUUCAUCACAGGUCGCUGAAGUUGCUAUCGUUCCGAAGAAUUCCUCUAAAAGAUGUAUCGAGGCAAAGCCAGGAAUCCACCAAGCAUUUUUCAAAACUGCGUCGCAAGAAAAUUGUAUCCGCCAAAGAUGCUACUGAAUCGUCAGGUGACUUUCAGUACAAUCGUUUGUUUCCCUUCCGUGACAUAUCCGGGCAAGAUGGGGUUUUUGCAUUGGUGACUCGGCCGUUUUGGCUUGUUGCAGAGAGGGGAAGACCCACGGUUCUUCAUCACCGCUGCAAACACGUUGCACCAACCGGAGCCAAACCUAGGCCCAUCACCGGUUUCUGUUCUGGUUUAAAGUUUUCAAACAGUGACCAAAACAAUUUUGUAACCCUCCACGAACGAGUUGGUCGGGUUGGGAGUCAACGAAUGACCCUCUUUGACGGAAUUCUGAACCUGGCGUCCAAGAACAGCCUCCUUCCCGGAGGAGGAAUGUUCGUUGAGAAAAUCCCUUUCGGUGUAACUGUGAGAAAGAUUCAAUUCAUUGAUGAUGAUCACGCUUCGACUGGAUCACGUCCACUAUAUGCUGUUCUGGUUUCGAGAGAAUACGAAGCCGACUUGAGUGAACUCAACGACGAUGGAAUGACCGACGAAGAGCGCCAGCGGCUAGCAGAAGAAAAGGAAAGCGCAAAGAUUCAGCGACAAGUCGAGGCAGAUCUUGGUGGAUUUGACGUCGAACAAGAAUGGGUAGAAGAAAUCGAGCGAGAAAAUUGUUUCAAAAUCAAUCGAAACCUUGGAGGAGCUCCACCGGUGCCUUCGAGCGCUUAUUCCUUGUGGAUUGUCGAUGUGGCCAAUGGAUGGCAGGUUAUUGACUCGUAUGAACUAGAAGAAUGCGAGCACGGAACAUCGAUGGAAGUGAUGACGCUCACUAAAUUUCUAGCCGAACCCGGGACUGACUACAAUACCUCUGAAGAAGAGUUAGAAUCGAAACUUUUCAUCGCAGUUGGAGCAGGAACUAUCAACAAGGACGGAGAGGAUGUUGCGUGCAAGGGAAGGGUGUUGCUGUUUGAAGUUACAAGACCCAAAGAGAGCGGUGUGUUGCCAAUUGCCGAGCUUAACUUUGUGUACGAAAAGAAAAUCUUUCACGGACCUGUAACGACCCUUAGUUGCUUGAACAUUGAAGGGAAGAGCCGAUUGCUGAUUGGUGCUGGAGCCGAUAUCAACGUGGAACAAUGGGGAAACGAUAAACUAACACAGGUCGGAUUCUUCCGGGCUACCAUGCAAGUCCUGGAUAUCAAACUAUUUAAAAACUUCAUUGUAUUGAGCGACGCAUACGACUCCUUGUACUUCCUUGUUUGGAGAGAGUCCGACAAGUCACUCACAAUGUUGGCAAAAGAUUACGACCCAAUUCCAGUAUAUUGCUCCGGUAUCAUUAGCAGAGGAGGAUCCCUGGAUUUUGUUUGUCACGACGAUCGUCAAAACUUACAAUUUUUCCAGUAUGCCCCCGGAGAUCCCGCUGCCCGAGGUGGAAAUAAGUUGGUCUGUCGUGCCGAUUUCCAUUUGGGAAGUCAAACGACUGAUCUACGAAGUCACUUUUGCCGUUCGAGCCUUCUCAUCAAUAGCUCUACUCCUUCAAGUGCAUUAGCUGCACUGAAACAACAAGAUACCUUUUUCGGAAAAGCCGAUGACGAUCAAAGAUUUGCUUUGACCUUUGGAACUACUGAUGGUGGGUACCACUCUGUAGUACCCUUAAGUGAGCCUGUGUACUGGCGAAUGACAGCACUUCAAAGUGUUUUAGCAAACGCUCUUGAAAGUGAUUGUGCAUUGAGUCGUCGAGCAUGGAGACUUUAUCGACGUUCUUCAAGGAGAGGUGGGUGCCGUAACAACGAUCGCAAAAAGGGGGUUAUCGAUGGCGACCUGGUUAUGCAAUAUACCGAUCUUUCAAAAGCCGAGCAAGAAGAUCUUGCCAGCGCAAUUGGUUCAACUGUUGAUUUGAUUCUUGACAAUCUACUGGAGCUUCGAUGCUCCACUAUGGUCAUUUAGCUUAUAAGAAAAGCCGGUUUUAGUUUCAGCUCUUUUAAAUACCUGGCUUCUAUGUUUAUAUAGUUGUAGUAAGAAACCGAGUCGCUUGUGGGGUGGGGGUAGCAGAGCCGUAUGGAAGGAACGGUUGUACGGUAGAUGAGACAUAAAUCAAAAAAUGAUUC